AUGAUACCUCCGGCGGACUUUGUGAAUCAAGGUGUCCUAGGAAGUCCCCAGGAUGGGAUCCGAACCCCUACUGGCAGUCAAAUGCUAAGCAACCCCAUCCUCAACUUGAACAACACCGGCAGAACCAACUUCACCAACAAACAGCUAACAGAACUGGAAAAGGAAUUCCACUUCAACAAAUACCUCACGCGAGCGAGAAGGAUAGAAAUAGCCUCCGCUCUACAACUGAAUGAGACGCAAGUCAAGAUCUGGUUUCAGAAUCGACGAAUGAAACAAAAGAAGCGGAUCAAAGAAGGUCUAAUAGUCGCUCCUGAAGUUACACCUUCCACCUCACACGGCAUUGGCUCUAAUGAAAACAGCCGAGAAUCGAGCUAG